UUUGGGAAUAAGGGUGAAGCUUCCUGCAAGGUAUACGAAGACUGCAAAAAAGGGUGAAGCUUCCUGCAAGUUUGAGGCCAUACCUGCAACUUACCAAUUUUCAUCAAAAUGGAAGCUUUAGGGUGAUCCAAAGCUUUAUUUAAGGGAUUCACCGAGUUUUGCCAACCACAACACAGAAGUUUGCGGCGACCUUUUUGCGGCGGAGUUAGGGAUUCGUCCGGCUGGGGAAGAAAUCGAAGCAAAGGCAAAAUUAUCCGGUGACUCCGACAACCUUUUAACUGCUGCAACACAAAAGUUUCCGAUUGAGGGCAUACAUGGGGAUUUGGAUUACGCCCGUUGUCUUCUCUCCCACAUAAGGGAACCCAAUUCUUUCUUGUUCAAUACAGUCAUAAGAGGGUAUGCUUCAAGCUCCCACCCGGCCCCCGCUAUCGUUCUCUACGAUUCCAUGCUCAGGUAUGGUGUUCUUCCCAAUAGUUACACCUUUCCUUUCGUAAUCAAAGCCUUAUCCAAGUGCGGUAGAGAUUUCCUGUGCGUGGGUGAAACCAUACACUGUUCUGUAAUCAAAUGCGGCCAUGUUCCCGACCUUCAUAUAGCCAAUUCGCUAUUAAACAUGUAUGCGGGUUUCGGGUUGUCACGACUGGCACGCGAGCUGUUCGACGAGAGUUCCCAACCGGAUGUGGUUUCUUGGAACGUCAUGGUUGACGAUCUUUGUCGAAACACUUGCUUCCGUGAGGUUAUGCGUGCCUUCUUCACGAUGUGUAAACAUGGUGAUACUCACCCUAAUUCCGUCACGUUUCUCUCACUUGUCUCUUCUUGCACAAAGAAAAGUGAUUUGCGUACUGGGAAAAUCAUACACUCCUACAUAAUAGUAACGAUAGGGGUUAACAUCAGCAAAAACCUUGGAAACGCGUUGCUUGACAUGUACUGCAAGUUUGGCGAUUUGGAGUCGGCUGAGAAGAUAUUCAAUAAAGUGCAAGUGAGGACACUUUUUUCAUGGACAUCACUGCUAGAUGGUUACCUGCUAAAGGGUCACCUCGAGAGGGCUGUUGAAAUUUUUAAUCAUAUGCCUGUAAAGGAUACGACUGCCUGGAAUGUCAUGCUCUAUGGCUUCAUAGAGGCUGGUGAAAUUAAUUCAGCUGAAAAGAUUUUCCGUGAAAUGCCAGAAAAAGAUUUAGUGUCCUGGAACAGUAUGAUUCUUGGAUAUGCCCAUAACAACAAUAAAAAAAACCAGGCUUUGCAUUUGCUCAAAGAAAUGUUGUGUAUGGGUGUGAAGCUUGAUAAGAUCACUCUACUUGGUGUGUUUUCUGCUUGUGGGGGGUAUACAGGGAAAGCACCUUUUCUCAGUGAAGUGAUCCAUUGUCAUAUGGAGAAACAGAACAUAAAGGGAGAAGAAGUAGAGACUGCUUUGAUGGAUAUGUAUUCCAAGCACGGUGCUAUCCAGAAGGCUAUAAAAGUGUUUGAAACUAUAGCGAGGAAGUCGGUGCUGGCUUGGACUGUCUUGAUCCUGGGACUAGCUAUGAACAGUCUUGCAAAUGAAGCCCUUAGUUACUUCCACCAAAUGUGUGAGGAGGGAGUAAAGCCGAAUGGAGUCACGUUUUUAGGCGCUUUGUGCGCCUGCAGUCAUGCAGGUCUUGUGGAAGAAGGCAAAGAGUUGUUCAGAGCUAUGGUAGAGAUCCAUGGAAUGACACCGAGUUCAGAGCAUUGUGGUUGCAUGGUGGAUCUUUUUGGGCGAGCUGGUUUGCUGGAGGAGGCAGAGAAGUUCAUUCAAUAUUUUCCACCUGCCAUAGCUGAUGAUGCUUCUGGAAGUUGGGGAGCACUUUUUGGGGCUUGUAGAAUGCACGGAGAGAUAGGAAUGGCAGAAAAAAUUGCCAAAAAACUGAUAGAAAGCGAUCCAUAUCAUUCAGGCAGAUAUGUUAUUCUCUCCAAUAUCUAUGCUUCUGAAAAGAGAUGGUGUGAUGCUGACAAGGUGAGGAGGAGGAUGAAGGCUUCGGGUGUUCAGAAAAUACCUGGGUUCAGCCUGAUCGACCUCAAAUCAGUUUCCUAAUUUUAUAAGGGUGGGAGUUAUUGAUUCUAUCAGUGUCCGUUUGGAGUCGGGUAAUAAAUAUUCAUUCAUCAUCAUCAUUAUCCCAAUGCCGCAAAAGCACUGGUAAUAAAUACUUAUAAGAAAAGAAAAUAGGAAGCUCCUCCUUGGAAGGAGUAAUUGGAAGGAAAGAAAAUUCGAGGGAAAAAACACGAGUCAAAUUUGAGUAGUAAAGGUUUAGAUUUAUUUGUUCAAGCUCUUUCUAUUACUAAAAUAUAUAAAUAUCUGUGAAAUAAAUAAUGAUCAGUUCUGUUACAUAUAUUUAAGAGUCGUAGUGCUUAUUUAGUUUUGUGCAUAAAAAAUAAAUUGAACACUAAACAAAUAUCUGCAAUAAAUUUGUUGUGUGAUAACAUGUCUUUGUUUUUA